AUGGCAGGGAGGGCGGGCGCGGUGGUCGAGACACGACGGCCGAGCUUUCGCAAGGGUUUGAGGGAUGCUGAGCAGUUGUUGCCGGAGGAGUAUCUGGAUCAAUUGGAACAGAAACGGAAACAGUUGGAUGAGAGUAUACAUAAGUAUAUCGCGUCUAAGGAGCGCGAGUAUAAGCAAUUUGAAAGGGAUCUGAAACAUCGGAGCAAGACUAGUGGUGCGGCGACAGCUGUGGCUUUGGCAACGGGUGCGGGCAAUCAGUCACAGGUGUUAGAGCAGAGUGAAGGGAAUGGUAUGUUAUCCUUGCCGAAACGACGGACGAGCUCCGAAUCUACACAGAGCACGACUACCGGAAGUCCAUUCCUUGCAGGGCAGCAGAAUGAUGCUGUGAACGUUCUACUCUCGUCUGGUGGGCGGAGAGUAGCAGAUGCUCAAGUGGUGGACGAAGAAGAGCCAACGGAGCGGACUGCUUUGGCUGGCUUGCAGGACACUCGGUCUAGCGAAGAGAGAGAAAAGGAGCUCAUAGGACUCUUCACGCCAUCCUACUUACCAGCCAUCGACCACAAGGACGAGACACCGCUGGAGCUAACAGAAUCUGCUCCGCCUGACGUCGAGCCCUUGAGUGAGAUUGCCACAGGACCUGACGCCACCAAUCCAGUGCCUGACGCUUCCAAUCCCGCAUCCUUGACACGGACUCCCUCCGACACUGCAGCCAACCCCAAGGUCAAACGGCCCGCGCAUCUCCAGCUCUCGUCGAGAACAUCGUCGUCCGGCUCCAGCGCAGAUGGGAAGCUGGCUUCAGCCAUGAAAUCACCAUCGCAUACUGCUCAACGACCGAAGAGGAAACGUGUAUCACUGGCUGUAGGCGAUAGCAUCGUAGCACCGAGCGACAACGUGCCAAGCGCCCUCCAUAUCAGUAGCACGCCAUCGCACUCCCGGACCAGAUCGCCAGAUAGUGAUCGAGCGGCUGGUGUACCUGCCGGGAUCUCGGCCACCCUAGACUUUGCGAAGAAACCUCUAGCCGCCUCCACAACAAGUCUAAGUACUUCAACGGUGGGCGGAGCAUCGACAGUAGUGUCGCCCCCACAUCCAGGCGCUGCUGGGACAGUGGCUGCCACGUCGCCUACAAUUCGCAAUAUCGAUCCUGAUGGAGACCUGUUUGAUCUCGAGGACGAGGCAGAAACGCCUGCGCAUGCCACCAUGGACGCAUCUGAGAACGCCCUGACAGAUGAAGAUGAAGAGAGUGAAGCCGAGGGUGUAUCUGGCCGAAUCGCCACAAUCCCGGAUCACAAUGGGUCGGCAUUGAUACCCACCACAUCGCCGAGUGCAUCGGGGAAUGAAAAGUAUGCCUACGACCCAGAAGCAGGUAUCGUACCCGAACCAUCCGACACCAGAGAGCCCAGCUGGAGUGCCGAGCAGAAAGAAACCAUCGAUCUUGACUUCGGCCCUGGUUCCUCUGGUUUCGCAGCGAAUGCAUCACAACAACCCGCGGUGCCGGGUUUCAGGCGACCGUCUGUAAUCUCGGAUCCCAAGUUCCGUGGAGCAGACUACAGCACCGAAGAGCUCAAGGCCGCGACGGAGGAAGUGUACGGUUCCUCGUAUACACGGCCGACGAAGGGCUCGUUCACGGGUGGAUCGCUGGGGGAGUCUUAUAUGGCUAAGCAUGCGGAGCAGAUGAUGCAGCUGCGGCUGGAGAAGCGGGAGCAGGAUGUACGAUAG